UGUGUAGAAAACCAACCUUUGUUUUCCAAAGAGUAAAUAAAUAAAGAAAUUCUAUAUGGAAACAACAAAAUCCAUAUAUAAUUUCAUCAUUAUUACUAUGUGUUUGUUACUAGUAAUUAAUGCUAAUUUUGUUUUCUCUUCAAAUGUACCUAUUAUUGGAAUCCACCCUCUAGAUGAGAAAUACUUUGAUUCAGAGGUUAUAAAUUGUAAAGAUGGAUCCAAUUCAUUUACAAGAGAUCGUAUUAAUGAUGAUUUUUGUGACUGUGUUGAUGGCACUGAUGAACCUGGAACAUCAGCUUGCCCUACCGCCAAGUUCUAUUGCAGGAAUGCAGGAAGUUCACCUCGAUUUUUAUUCUCAUCUCGUGUGAACGACCAAAUUUGUGACUGUUGUGAUGGGAGUGAUGAGAAUGAUGGAUCCAUCAUCUGUCCAAAUACAUGUGUCAUGGGUGGGCAUACAGAAUACAAGACACUAAAUUACGGUUCCCGAAUCACUAGACUUCGUUCCGCUGGUGUCAAACAGAAAAAAGUCAGCCUUAGCGGGGAAGACACAAUCCAUAAACUCCAAGGUUUGAAGGUUGUGAUAAUCGUACAGGUGCUUCUUAUUGGUUUUGUAAUCUUCCUUUGUCAGUGUCGUAGACGUGUGAAGUCGAAGAGAAGAUAUUCUCGUUAAGGAACAUGUAGCCUUAACUGUAUGUUGUUAUCAUAUCAUUAAACUAAAGUUCUAGCAGAACAUUUAGCUGAAAACUCUAGGAAUGGUGACUUGGUAAUGGCAUUUUUUGAGUAUGUAGAGUUAGUUAUAUGUAGUGUAAAGAGGUGCUGAAGCCCCAUGUAUUGGAUACUUAGAUUAGAUAGGAAUGCAAUAAUAUCUUUUCAUGUGACUAAAUUAUAUGCAAGGAUUAUUUAAAAAGUUGUCACAAAAUCUGAA